ACGGUAAGGACGGAGGCCCGACUCGGGUGUGGGUGUGUCCGCGUUGGCAUUUAAAAAGCGCACACACGGCUCAGCUCUGCUCACAGUUUGUGCGUGCUUCCGCGUGUGUGUGCAGGUCAGAGGUCAGAGUAAUCGAGAUGGCGCUGGUGUCGGAGUUUCUGGGUCAGCUGACGCUGUCGUACGGCACGGAAGCGGAGCCGACCUUUCCCACCGUGGUCGCCUUUCGAGACUUUGACCCGAUCAGCGACGCCGCACGACUGGAUGUCGCCCUCAGGACCAAAGGAGUGGACGAGCAAAGCGUCAUCGACAUUCUGACGCGAAGGUCGUACGAGCAGCGGCGGGAGAUCGCCUUCGAGUACGAGCGCGUCGCUAAGAAGGACCUGCAGACGGCCCUGAAGGGGGCGCUGUCGGGCUCUUUGGAGGCGCUGAUGCUGGGCCUCAUGAAGAGUCCCGCCCAGUACGACGCCUUGGAGCUCAGAGCUGCCAUGAAGGGUCUAGGAACCGACGAGGAGACACUCAUCGAAAUAUUCUGCUCCCGAAGCGACCGAGAACUGGCCGACAUCCAAAAAGUGUACCGAGAACUGUUUAAGAAAGAUCUGGAGAAAGACGUCGCAGGAGACACGUCGGGAGAUUUUGCCAAGCUGCUGCUCGCUCUCGUUCAGACCGAGCGAGAUGAACCUUCCAAUAUCGUCGACUACGAGAAGAUUGACGACGACGCCAGAAGCCUCUACGAAGCCGGCGUGAAACGCAAAGGAACCGACGUGGCCGUGUGGAUUUCCAUCUUGACGCAGCGGAGCGCCACCCACCUGCAGAGAGUUUUUGAGCGCUACAAGCGCUACAGUCCGUACGACUUGAAGGAAAGCAUCCGUAAGGAAGUCAAAGGCGACCUCGAAAAAUCUUUCCUGACUCUCGUGGAGUGUUUGGAGAACAAGCAGAUGUACUUCGCCGAGAGACUCAAUGAGGCUAUGAAGGGUAAAAGUGCCAAGGAAAAAGUUCUCACCCGCAUUCUGGUGUCUCGAUGUCACGUGGACUUGAUGAAGAUCAGAAGAGAGUUCAAGAGGCGGCACGGACGCUCACUCUUCUGCGCUAUCAAUGAACACACCAAAGGCGACUACCAGAAGGCUUUGCUCAGCUUGUGUGGAGGAGACGACUGAACUCGCUCGACAACAUGUGUGUGUCUCAGAUGCCAAUAAGACACGCCCGCCCGAGGCCCACGUGCAGCAUGAGCUGCACGAGGCAAUUAAACAGGAAACAAA